GGUUUGAAAGAGAGUAAAUUAACCAAAGAGAUUUCUAUAUGCCUUCUAGGGCAAGUGGCACCCUGGUAUAAGAUUACAAGAAAUUUUGACAAUAAAAUUUUAUAUUUAAGGGGAAGUACAUGAGUUAGUACCCCAUACAGCUCAUGUAGACCAGGUGUCAGCCUAAGUUCGCCACUGCUGGGCUUCUGCCUUCUACAAAGCAACUAAUCAUUAUGCAAUUUCGUAGUUCAAGAAGGAAAGAUUAUAUCCCUCUCUUUGGCUCCAGCUAGAGAGAAGAAAUGGGAUGGUCGAGACUUAUUUUGUCUUUGCAACUCUUGAGCAACUUGUGUUUCACAAUCAUGGUUGAGGGGCAACAAGGGUUCAUAAGCAUAGAUUGUGGAUAUCGUGGAAAGGACUACCAGGAUCCAGACACCACCAUCACUUACACAUCUGAUGCGAACUACAUAGAGAAUGGAGAAGCUCUGUCUAUAAAUGACAAUUCCCAACCGAUGCAAUACCGAUUCCUCCGAAGGUUUACACAUGGAAAGAGGAAUUGUUACAAUGUGACAGGCUUAAUCAAUAACUGGAGAUACCUGAUCAGGGCUUCGUUCUUGCAUGCAAACUAUGAUUCCAGCUUCAGGUUGCCAAAGUUCGAGUUGUACUUGGGGGUCGACUUCUGGUACACUGUGAGCUUUAACAGUUUUAAUGAUCUUGUAUGGGCUGAGAUUAUCAGUUUAAAUAAGGUGAAGUCUGUGGCUAUAUGUCUAGUGAACACAGGCCUUGGGACACCUUUCAUAUCUACCUUAGAGCUUCGACUGUUGCCCAACAGCAUGUAUACUGUCGUCAAUGGUUCGUGGUCUUUGAAGACUUACCUGCGUCUUGACAUAGGGAGCCUUUUGCAUACGAAUCUAAGAUACAAAGCAGACCCUUGCGAUCGAAUAUGGGUGCCAUUCACCGUCAAAGACUGGACCAACCUCAAUACUAAAGCAUCCAUCGUGAACUCCGAUGACGAAUUCCAGCCGCCUGUUGAGGUCAUGCAAACAGCAGCAAUACCCUCGAACCCGAAUGGCAGCAUACUGCUCGGUUGCCGGCCCCCCUCAUGGGAUCCCGAGUCUCCCUUUUACUUCUACUUCUUCUUCGCCGAAAUGCGGAACAGGCGCAAUUUGUCCCGGGAGGUAAACAUAUAUAUAAAUGGAGAUCUAUGGAGCAAGAUAAUCAGAGCAUCUCGCUUUGUGAGAUGGGUGGGCACCAUUCUUCCGGAGAGGCGGUCCCAAGAUUAUCAGAUUGAUAUCAGGGCAACUGAGACAUCAGACCUCCCUCCCAUUCUAAACGCACUCGAGCUUUAUGUGGCCAAUGUGGCCUCUCACCAUGCAACGGACGCUCGAGAUGUUGCUGUGUUGUUAGAUAUGAAAGAUAAACUAGCAUUGAAGAAUAAGAGUUGGGUUGGGGAUCCAUGUCUUCCUCAAGGUUACCCAUGGGAGGCCUUGACCUGCAAUGAGGCACUAAACCCCCGAAUUAUAUCUUUGGACCUCUCGGCAAGUGGACUCCAAGGAGAAAUUCCGGCUUCCAUUGCCAGCCUCAAUGCACACGAGUCAUUGAACCUAUCAAACAAUCAGCUGACAGGUCCCAUACCACAAAGUUUAGCUGAUCUGACAAAACUAAAGUCAUUGGAUUUGUCAAGAAACAAUUUAACUGGGUUGGUUCCAAUCGCAUUAAUAGAGAAAAGAAACAGUGGAGCACUUCUAUUAAGCAUUUUUCAGAAUCCCAACCUUUUAACCCCCAACCCCUCCGAACCGACUCAAAAAAAGAAGACCGAGAAGGCUGUGGUUAUUAUGGCGAUAUCUUUGAGUGCAACAACGAUCUUGCUCUUUGCUUUUGCUUUUGGUCUGAUAAUGAAGAGAAAGAAAAUAAUUAGAACAAAGAUCUUAAGCAUGAGAAAAAGAAAAGGUUCGUCCAAAUCAGAUGGACCUCAAGCACUUACACACUCAGAGAUUGUUAAAAUAACCAACAACUAUGAAAAGGUGAUUGGUAAGGGUGGAUAUGGAAUUGUUUUCUUUGGAGUCCUAGAAAAUGGCCGUGAAGUUGCUGUCAAGAUAUUGUCCAAAGAAUCACAACAAGGAAUCAAAGAAUUCUCUGCAGAGGUUAAAUUGUUGAUGAGAGUUCAUCACAGGUAUUUGGCCUCCUUGAUAGGAUUCUCUGAGGAAGGAAAAGAUAAGAUUCUUGUCUUUGAAUAUAUGUCUAAAGGAAAUCUGAAUGAGAUCCUGUCAGACAAUAGUAGCAACUCAGAAGUAUUAAACUGGGAACAACGAAUUCAAAUAGCUUUGAGUGCUACACAAGGAUUGGAGUAUCUUCAUUAUGGAUGCAAACCGCCAAUUGUUCACAGAGAUGUCAAGACUUCCAAUAUCCUUUUAAAUGAGAAACUAGAAGCCAAAGUAGCAGAUUUCGGGUCGGCCAGAUUUGGGCUGACUGAUGGAGAUUCUCACAUAACAACUACAGUUGCAGGCACCCAGGGAUAUGUGGAUCCUGAGUAUCAACCCACAAGCUCAACGAGAAGAGUGAUGUCUAUAGCUUUGGCAUAGUUCUUCUAGAAAUUAUCUCAGGUCAACCAGCAAUAAUUAAAGAGGAAGAAACAAUUCAUAUAGUACAGUGGGUAACUCCUAGGUUUGUAAGAGGGAAAAUUGAGAAUGUGAUCUAUCCAAGGUUGCAUGGCAAGUAUGACAUUAAUUCUGCCUGGAAAGCUGCAGAGAUUGCACUGGCAUGUACGCCACAGGCUGCCAUAAAGAGGCCCACCAUGAGUGAUGUUGUGAGUGAACUAAGGGGAUGCCUAAAGCUAGCGCACUCCCAUCUCAAGAGGAGAAACUUAAGAACGGAAUCCUUCACAGCAAGUACUACGCUUCCAUCAAACAUCCUGGAAUCGGAAACCAUGUUUGACCCUUCGGCAAGGUAGUCAGCAUUGCGAUUUUAGGCAUCAGACCAUUGAACUCUUUAUGGGACACGGAAGUAUGGGAAGUAUGUCAGGCAGCUACUUAUAUAUUCUUUAAUGUUGAAACUUAAACACAUGUCCACACUUAUAUACUUUUAUUUGACAUUUAUUCAUCAUUGUCUUUCA